GAUCAUUUCUCAUUCCCCAUUUUCCCAAAAGAGGCGAAGAAAAAGGAAAACACCUAGCUACCUUAUUAAUGGAAACUUAUUCAACUGCCUCUUCUUCUUCUUCAUCUUCUCCAAUGUACCUAUCGAAAUACCCACAAGAGGGGAACAGUCUAAAAGCAUCACAAUCCUUCCAUUCAUCACUCCAUUCGGUUCGUAAGCCUUACCAGGUGAAGCCAUGGAAGAAACCGAUAGCACCAUUGCCACCGACUCCACCAAGAGUAUAUAAAGUAGACCCUAUAAACUUCAGGGACCUUGUUCAAAAGCUUACUGGGGCACCUGACCCGUCAGAGUCCCAGGGGAACAACCAGCAGCAGCGGCUCCAACGAGUGGCGCCUCCUCCACUUGAUCUUGAUAAAAAACCUGCAUUAUUUAGCAGAGAGUUUGCGACAGUAUCAGCAGCACCACUGGAGCUCCUUCCUUCCCCCGUGAAUACCCCAUUUUCUGCUUUGUAUCAGGAGUUGAUGUCUGAUACAUUACCUGAUUCAAAACCAAGGAAGGUUUCAGACAGUGUGAUGGCUUCGAGUUGUCUCGAAUUUAAUCUUCUGUCUCCAUCCACUCACAAUUGGUGUUCUUUUCCUCUUCUCAGUCCAGGAACACUUUCAAGUUUGGAGCAAAGCACAGUCCUUUAGUUCUUCCAUAACUUUCAACAUCCAAACGUUCUUGCACCAGCUACUAUAUAUAUAUAUAUAUAUAUAUAUAUAUAUAUGUUGAAGGAGCUCUAUUUCCUCUUUGCUCAAGCUUGCAAGGGAUGAAGAAAGACGCAUAACAGCUGUAGAUCACAGCUAUAAACUAGCUAGCUUACGAAUGUGAAGUAACGUAUAAAAAGUAUUAGCAUCUAGGAAUUCUCAUUUUUCAGGUUUUGUUUCUCCCCUUUAGUACUGCAUUAGGAAAAAAGAAAUGUAUAAUGCACCAGCAAUGCUUUUGGCUUGACAUGUAGAGCCUAUAGAUUAUUGCAUGAAAUUGCUGGUGAAGAAGAUGAAUGUAAAGAAAAUAAAUUGCCCGUUUCUCUGCAA